AUGCAAGCCCUACCUAGGAAUGACCCCCACAGAGGAGAUCAUCACUCCUCUUCAAGAUCCAACCCCGGCCUAAAAGGGCUAAGUCUUGCAGGAACAGGUUUUAGGAAGGAAGAGGCAACCAACUCGAGGCACAACUCGAUCGAGCCAAGAGCAAGCUCGAUCGAGCGACGUGAACCCGGCGAGUGGAGCGUCCCUGAUGGCCGUCUCCCAUCUCCAGACCACGACCUGCCUCCCAGUUCUUUGGGGGGCACUGAGGCUAAGUUUGGGGGUGCCAACUCGAGCUCGAUCGAGUUGGGUGUAAAAACCAGAAAAGUGGUCUUUUGGAGCAUUCUGGAGCAUAUGGGACAUGAGGAGCAUGGAGGGAGGCAUGGACGCAGCUCAACUGGACACGCAAAGGAAGAAGGGAGAAGCCAUCUUGAAGACCAGCUCGACCACCCUACUCGACCAACCGGUCGAGUUCCUCAACUCGACCGGCCAAGCUUCAACUCGAUCGAGCUGGAAGUCAAAGUCAAACCCGAAAAAUGUUGCUUCCCCCUUGACUUUCCUUUGACCCUAAACCUAAUCCUCUUGUAUUUAAAGGCUCUAAGCCACGAAAAAACCACCAAGCUUUAG